ACUCUUUCACUUUAUUUUAAAAAAAGGAAAACCAAAGUUUUAGCUGACAAAUUUGUUGAAAAGUGAAAAACCAUGGGCAGUUUUUAUCUGUAUAGUCACAAAACCAAGAAUCCUCCCACAGCUUAAAAAACCAGCUGCUCAAUUCUUGUAUAAACUUUCCUAUUCUCUCUCAUUUUCACUUCUCAAAAAAACAAACAGCCCCACUCACAAAAUUGCUCCCAAAGCAUAAAAAACAAGUCUUGUUUGCUGUUCUUGAAGUUUUAGCUGCUUUUUUUUUUACAAAGAUUGAAACUUUAUGCAGUGAAAAAUGAAGUCUUGGUAGUCUGGUGAUGUUUACUUAACUCUCUCUUUAGAAUCUUAAGUUGUUUUGUUUUCUGUUGUUUAGGCUAAUUUUUCCUCUGGUUUUUGGUACCAUUUUGUGCUCAUAGGAUUAUGAAUGUUCCUGUGAAAGUGAUAAUUUUUUGCUUAUCAUAACAUUUUGCCUUGUGGGGUUUUGAAAGUUUUGAUUUUUUGUGGUUAUCAUAAGAUUUUGCCUUGUGGGGUUUUGAAAGUUUUGAUUUUUUGUGGUUAUCAUAAGAUUUUGCCUUGUGGGGUUUUGAAAGUUUUGAUUUUUUGUGGUUAUCAUAAGAUUUUGCCUUGUGGGGUUUUGAAAGUUUUGAUUUUUUGUGGUUAUCAUAAGAUUUUGCCUUGUGGGGUUUUGAAAGUUUUGAUUUUUUGUGGUUAUCAUAAGAUUUUGCCUUGUGGGGUUUUGAAAGUUUUGAUUUUUUGUGGUUAUCAUAAGAUUUUGCCUUGUGGGGUUUUGAAAGUUUUGAUUUUUUGUGGUUAUUAUAAGAUUUUUGCCUUGUGGGGUUUUCAAGAUUUUGAAUAUUUGUUGAUCAUUUAGAUGGAUUCUGGUAGUUUAUAUUCAAAUAGGGGUCCUGGUAUGUUAGGAUUAGAAAUGUCAUUGCAUCAUCAAAUCCCUCAACAGAACACUCACCAUCACUUGCAUCAACAACCUCUACCUCACCCCCAGCCCCCACCCCACCACCCCAUGGUUUCAUUUGCACAUCAAGAAAAUGCUGAUAACCAACAACAAACAUUGAGGCAAGUGUUUCCAUUUGGUAAUAACAAGGCUAAAAAUCAAAGCUUGAAUUUUAGUGAUGAUGAUGAACCUGUUCCUGGUGUUAGUGCUGACAACAAUAGUACUGAUGAUGGAAAAAGGAAUGGUAAUAAAACUUGUCCUUGGCAAAGAAUGAAGUGGACUGAUAACAUGGUGAGGUUGUUGAUUAUGGUGGUUUAUUAUAUUGGUGAUGAAGUUGGUUCUGAAGGGAAUAACAAUAAUGAUUCUAGUGGAAAAAAGAAAGGUGGUAGUGGGGUUGUAGGGGUUUUGCAAAAAAAGGGGAAAUGGAAAUCAGUUUCUAGAGCAAUGAUGGAAAGGGGUUUUUAUGUGUCUCCACAACAAUGUGAAGACAAAUUCAAUGACUUGAAUAAGAGGUACAAGAGGGUUAAUGACAUUCUUGGUAAAGGUACUUCUUGUAGAGUUGUGGAGAAUCAAAAGUUGCUUGAUACAAUGGAUCAUUUAUCACCAAAGAUGAAAGAAGAAGUGAAGAAGUUGUUGAAUUCUAAGCACUUGUUUUUUAGAGAAAUGUGUGCUUAUCAUAAUAGUUGUGGUCAUAAUGGUGGUACUGGUGGUGGUGCUAGUGGGAGUGGAGUUGCUAAUCCACAAACUCAUCAAAACCAAUCAGAGCAGCAACAGAGGUGUUUGCAUUCAUCAGAAAAUACAAAUGCAAGAAUUGGUGCUAGUUUAGUAGAAGGGCCUAAAAUGCCAAAAGGGGCAAGUGGGGAAAAUGAUGAGGAGAAUGAGGACGAGGAGGAUGAGGAUGAAGAUGAGGAGGACGACGAUGAUGAGGUGUCUGGUGCUAGAGGACACGACCACGACCAUCAGAGCCACGGAGAGGAGGACGAUGACAUGGAAAGAUCGAGAAAGAGGCAAAGAAAGUUGGGAGCUUCAUCACCAAUUGUACAACAAUUGAGUACUGAAUUGGCUAAUGUAGUUCAAGAUAGAGGGAGGAGUCCACUUGAGAAGAUGCAAUGGAUGAAAACUAAAAUGAUACAAUUAGAAGAACAACAUGUUAGCUAUUUGUGCCAAGCAUUUGAACUCCAAAAGCAAAGAUUGAAAUGGAAGAAAUUUAUAAGCAAGAAGGAGAGGGAAAUGGAAAGGGAUAAACUAAUCAAUGAGAGGAAAAAAUUGGAGAAUGAAAGAAUGGUACUUUUGUUGAAGCAAAAAGAGCUUGAACUUCUUGAUUAUCAUCAACACCAUCCAAACAAUAACAAUAGGAAUAGUGACCCUUCUUCUGUUACUGGAUGAUGAAAAUAUUGUACAAUACUAUCAGGAACUAAGCUAAUAGAUCAGAUAUAUUAUGUAAAUAUAUAGUAUGUAUAUAUGUUUUUGCCUUGUGUUUUUCCAAAUUUGAAUCUUGAAUCAAAGUAUAUAUUUUGUUGCUU